GGAGCGCACUUCCACACAGGAAAUGGCGACCAUCAAGUGUACCAGGGUGUUGAAAUCUCCUCCAGGUUGACACGUAACCUGACGCACACGGACUCGUUGUUGCGGUCCCUGAAGUGGACAGAAAUGUGACAAAGGGCUUUUUUAAACACAAACAUCGCUUGGAAGAUGAAGUCGUGAACUGGGUUGUGGCCGUUGUGCAUCAGAACAGGUAGACUUAAUCAAGAAAUGGCUCAGGAGCAGAAAUACGCCCCAGUUGAGACAUUUGUACUGGCCGGGUCUAACGGCCACAACGGGCAACAAUGGCAGACUUCUAUAAAUAACACAAGACACUCAUUGGCUGCUAACCACCAGUCAAGGAUGGCCCGUGUUGCCUUGGACGUGAAACAGAAGUGUGCUGCCUACGUUCUUGCUCUGAGGCCGUGGAGUUUCAGCGCCUCGCUCACACCGGUUGCCCUGGGCAGCGCAUUGGCUUACAAACUCGAGGGAUCCGUGGAUUUGGUUAUCCUGAUGGUGUGUGCUGUUGCAGUCCUGGUGGUCCACGGAGCAGGAAACCUGGUCAAUACCUUUUAUGACUUCUCUAAAGGAAUUGACCACAAGAAGAGUGAUGACAGGACUCUGGUGGACGAGAUCCUGGCUCCGCAGGACGUUGUGAUGUUUGGGGCUUUGUUAUAUUCUUUGGGGUGCUUGUGUGCUACUCUACUAUACUUCCUGUCCACACUCAGACUGGAGCACCUUGCCCUCAUAUACUUCGGCGGACUUUCAAGCUCUUUUUUAUAUACAGGAGGCAUAGGUCUCAAGUACGUGGCUCUGGGAGAUGUUGUCAUCCUGAUUACGUUUGGUCCGCUGGCCGUGAUGUUCGCCCAUGCCGUGCAGGUGGGCUACUUGUCGGUACUACCUCUGGUGUACGCCGUCCCGCUGGCUCUCAACACAGAAGCCAUCCUGCACAGCAACAACACCAGAGACAUGGACUCUGACAAGCAGGCCGGCAUCGUCACCUUGGCAAUCCUGAUCGGCCCGACGCUGUCUUACAUGCUUUACAACUUACUGCUCUUCGUUCCUUACGUGCUCUUCUGCAUCCUCGCCACGCGCUACUCCAUCAGCAUGGCGCUGCCACUGCUCACGCUGCCCAUGGCGUUCCCCCUUGAGAAGCAGUUUCGCAGUCGGUGCUAUGCCAAAAUCCCUCAGAAGACGGCCAAGCUCAACCUUCUCAUGGGACUCUUCUAUGUGUUUGGCAUUAUCUUGGCUCCACCAGGCAGUCUGCCGUUGCUGUGACUACAGGUUUUAACGUGAGCAAAGGUGUCUCUGUGGAGGACGCGGCUAUAAUUUAUUACUUAAUUUAUGCGGUUAGUUAGUCUUUCCUGUCAGCCAUCUAAAAUAUUUUCCAGCAUUAGUUUUUUUUUUUUUACGUCUGUUUUCAUCAUUUCAUAUUUGUGUGUUCCAACAACUCUCAUAAUCAAUAUUUUAAAUGCCAUCAAUCUCAACUUUUCAUGCUUUUAUUUCGUGUUUUUUGCUAUGAUUUUGACGGAUGGCUAGUAUAUUAUUUGACUUUAUUAAAAACUAACUGACACUCAUGUUGUCUGCUGCCUGAUCUGUGUUGGUGUUUGAUGAGAAUGAAACACUUGGGAAGAAAGCAACGGGCAGUUAAUGUUUUGUUGGUAUGCCAUAGAACUUGGGUGUAAAUUGUGCAU